AUGGCUCGCAGACAGGACGAUGUCAUCGACCUCACGCGGAGCGAUGAUGAGUCUGAGGCCGGCCGCGCCGUCCACUCGCCACGGCAGCCGCCGCUGUCGCGUCUUCAUGACCGCCCCUAUCAACAACGGCACAGGUUUCCCAGCAGCUCGGACUCGCAGCCGGCUCGCCAUCUGGGUGGCAGCGCCCAGUACUCGGUGCCAUCCACGCCGCUCUCGGGGGGGCACAGCGGCUACGGCGGCCUGGGCUCUCUAUUCAACAAUGCCGCGAACAAUUUUGGCUCCCUCAUGGGUCUCUCCUCGUCCGGCUCAAGCGGCUUAUCCAGAGGGUCUGCACCUGCUAAUCCGCCACCUCCGUCUCAGAGAGCGGGGAGGAUGGAGAGGACAGAGCGACAGGAGACCCUGUCUGCAUCUACGUCCCUCCCAGACAUGCGUGCACCCAUGGCACCGUUUACCGCCUCACAAUCGUCACCGUCGGCACGCCAUCGCUCCAGCUUUCAGCACCAGCAGCACCAGCAGUCAUCGACCGGAGUGGCUUCUUCUUCGCAGUCGGAACAGCGUAUGAUCUGGCUCGCACCCCCUUCGUCGCCUAGUCGCGACUCGAGGUCAACGCCCAUCGGUUCUGGCCACCCGCCAUCACCUUCUCAACAUUUCUCUUCUCACCGGUUUGCUCCCACCUGGUCCUCGUACCAGGCCGCCUCUCAGCGCCCGCCUUUGCAGCGGCAGAACUCGCAGCCUUACUUCAGUCAGCAGCCGUCCAGACAGAUGGCACACCAGAACGCUUCUCAUCAGCAGUCGGCCCCCUCGCGUCGGUCCUCGUUCGGGCACUUCUCUGACAACAGGCCGUCCCCGCCUCUUCAGUCGGAGGCUUUCCAGCUACCCCCCUAUAAGCCUGGCCGAGCAAAUGAUCAGACGCUGCCUCCUCUCAUCAGCUCCCCAAGACUCCGAGCCAUCUCCCCGCCGUCAAUCGCCACCGAGACAACUUCCUCUCACCAAACAAUCACCAUCGAAAUCAUCCUCAUCGAUUCGCUCUUCUUCGCCCAAAGGCUCUCCCCUACUGACACCAGCUCCACCCCAACCUCAAGCCGUGACUGUCCCGCAUGCGUCAGCUCCCAGUCCGGCUGUACCGUUGAGAUUGAGAACCUCGGCGUCUCCAUUACCGUCGUCAACUGUUCCAUCGCCACCUCUCUCCUCUGUUCUCUCGUCCUCGCCGGUAACGCCUACUUCUGCAGCUUCGGCUCAGGCACCCGCUGUGCAAACCGACGUUGCCACAAGGGCUUUAACCCCUGCUCAGCCUAUCUCAGGUCGAGUGGUUGUCUCUCGCCCUCCCUCACCACACUCACCUUUGCCCAAGUCUCCGACGCUGGUAUCGCCUACACGCUCUUCCCCAGAGAAGGCCGCCUCACGGCCGAGUCCGCCACAGGCCAUGACUCCGAAAGGAAUCGACUGCACUGCAUCGUCACCCAGAAGCCGCGUGUUCGACAACAUCUCAGCUCGUUUGACGACUUGGCGGAACUCCAUCAUCAGGUCGUGGAUCCUUCAGCAGAUGCGGAAGAGCCGCUAAAAGUUCGCAUAAAACUAUACCGAGACAAUCAGCGUCGGCCGGAAGGACGCGCGAUGAAUGUCCGGACCAUUUCUUUGAAGACGCCCAACACCAAGGUGCCAAAAUACCGUUUUCACCAUGUAGAGAUUGCAAAGAACAUCUUGUCUCCAAACACGCCGCUCAAGUUCAUCCCCCAUUUUAGAGAUCUCGAGGAUGGAUCGGAGGAUAAGAAGAAAUUUGACCAGUGGAUCGAAGAGCUGGAGAGCAUGGAGGUGAAGUCGGGCUUCGACACUUCCAAGCGUUUCGAUAAGUGGGCUUCGACCCGCACAUCCGAGUAUGCAAAGGUUGUCUCGAUCUACCUAGAGAGGUGGAUAUCUAGCCUUGGAAUCGAUAAUUGCAGCAAGACGACCCUGAUCCGGUACAUGGCCAGCGAGCUGCAGAACGAGUCGUCCUUUACGCCCAAGCAGAAGAACAGCUUACUCAGCUCAUGUGGUGAGAGUGCUGGAACGCCACGGGCCACCAUGGUUGCCAGCAUGUUCACGGAUGCAUUCAACCGCGUGUUUGAGAAGAAGCACGUUUCGUUGUACGACGUUCUCCGGCAGGAUGAAGCGUUUGAAAACAUGAUCGACCCGCGGAAAGCCACGAAAGACGCUGCGAUAGCUGCAGCUGCAGCAGCUGCCGCUUCCUCCGGUGGCACUGGAAGCAGCCUGGUCGGCCGGCUGGAGCAGGAGAAAGAAAACCACUUGGACCAGAUUCAGCAAUAUCUUGGCACGUACUCCAUGCUCGGAUGUAUGAUUUGCCAUACACACUCGUGUGAGCAUGGAGAGUUUGACUUUGAGAACAUCCGGCGCUGCUUCUCGAUCGAGGACUGUGGAGGCAAGCUUUGGAUGCAUGUUGAGCAACGUCGCGAGGCGCAAGCGAGGGCGCGGCUACAGCAGCAUCAGCUCCAGCAGAAAGCCAUUUCAAGCGGAUCGGCUGCCAACGGCAGCGAAAUUCGUCUCAACAGUGCACUCCCGCCUCCUUGCGAGAACCAAUGCUUUCGGAGCUACGAUAUUGGCGAUCCUGCGUUUGCUAAUCGCGCAUGGACGGAAAAUGAGACGACGCUCUUGCGGAGCCUUCAAUACACGCUUGCCGACAGCUCUGUCAAUCUGCAGUGCACUGCUGCGGCCCUGUUGGGCCGAUUCUGCUGGGAGGUCUACCGGCAGAUGAAGGAGCUGGGCAUGCACACAGCCCAACCGUAUGCCCUUGCAGAUCGGAUCGUCGAUCCACCGGCUGCAAAGCCGGUGAGCUGGUAUGACCGCCACCGAAAAGUGCUCAAUGGCGACUGGUCGGACCACACGUACACGCACAUCCACGCGCUCCGGGAGCAACGCGAGCCCUGCAACCACGACGGCCCUUGCACGGUGGUACGAGGAUGUCCCUGUGCCGAGGCGAAGCUGCUCUGCGAGCGGUUCUGCCGCUGCACGUCGGAGAAGUGCGCGUUCAAGUUCACGGGAUGUGCGUGCCACGCGGCUGGAAAGACGUGCUAUGCGCGGCAGAAGGAGGGCAAGCCGUGCAUCUGUGUGCAGCUGAACCGCGAGUGCGACCCGGUGUUGUGCGGUGGAUGCGGAUCCCGCGAGCGAGCGGAUCCGCGUAACCGAGACAACGACGCAUUGCAUGGGACGGGCUGCCAGAAUGUCGCUCUCCAGCGUGGCAAGUCGAAGACGGUGCUUCUAGGCAAGUCGCAGCUCGACGGCUGUGGCUACGGGCUGUUCACUGCGGAGGAUAUAAGCGCAGAGGAGUUCGUGAUUGAGUACAUCGGCGAGCUGAUUACGCACGACGAGGGAGUGCGCCGGGAGGCGCGUCGUGGCGAUGUGUUUAACCAGGAGUCCAAUGCGUCGUAUCUGUUCACGCUUCUGGAGCAGGACGGCAUCUGGGUGGACGCGGCCAUCUACGGAAAUCUAUCUCGGUACAUCAACCACGCGUCCGAGCAGGACAAACGUGGCUGCAACAUCACGCCCAAGAUCCUCUACGUUAACGGCGAGUUCCGUAUCCGGUUUGCGGCCAUGCGCGACAUCAAGGCCGGGGAGGAGCUGUUCUUCAACUAUGGCGAGAACUUUCCCAACCUGACAAAGAAGCUUCUGGAGGACAAGGCCUCCGUCAACGACGAGGACGACUUGAGCAUAGCCACGAAGUUGAACGGUACCGAAGGUGGGCGAGGCCAGGGCGCCGCGAAGCGACGCAACCGCAAGACGCAGAACGCCGCCAAGGCCUCGCGGAACGGCAACGGACGGAACGGCAACAGCACGGUGAAGCGCGCAAAGGCCAAGGGGGCGCGGAAAGAGGCACCUCCAGCGCAUGCGCAGGCCCAUGUGGCCGAAUCGGUGGACGAGAUGGACGUGGAUGACGACAUAGCUGCGCAGCCGAAACGGGGGAUGAAGCGCAAGCAGCGGCAUCAUCUCUACGACGAGGAUGACGAGAUGGACGAGAUGGACGAUGAGGAGCACGAAACGGCGCCGGUCCGAUAUCAUCGUCGGGGAGCACAGCAGCACGAGUCAGACGAUGAGUUUCAGAACAGUCCUUCACGCCGGAGCUCGCGGACCAGACGUCGACGAGCGGCCACGACGACAGUGACGGCAGCUGCGACGACUACAACAACAACUACGACAGUUAGGACAGCAGCUGAGACAGGAGCCGGAUCGGCAACUGAGCCAGCAAUCGGAAUAACAGCGGUGGUGGCUGCCGGAAAUGAGGGGACGAAGCGACGCAAGGACCAUCAGCCGGAACUUCCCAGUCGCCACGACGAUCAGCACAACGACGCGGACGAUGAUGACGCCAACCACAGCGAGCGGCUCCGCAGCGGCACCAGUCGUUUGAAGAUGACAGGCGGUCGUGCUGGUGGGAGCGGAAAUGCGAAUGGGCAUGCGAAUGGGCAAGCGCAUGGAAGUGGCAGUGAGCCGCCACGGAAACGACCACGAACGGCGAAUGGUGAUGGCGAUGCGACAGCGGUGGAUUCCGACGAGCCUCUUGUAGCGGGCACGCCACUACGAAAGCGCACUCGCCUUCAUCCAGAGCACCAGCAUGAGCACCAGGAGCAGGAGCAGCAUCUGCAGCAUCAUCUUCAACAGCAGCUAGAGCAGAGUGGUGGAGGUGGCACGGACGACGACCAGGGCAGCAUCAUGUCGGCCAGCCAGUUUUACGGACAGCGAAACGGCGGCAGCACAAACGGCCAUGGAGGACUGGUGGUGGCCGACUCCGACGAGGAAGACGGCGAAGACUCGGUCGACCGGAGCCAGCGACGACGGCAGAAGCCGGCACGAUACCGAUCGGAGGCGUCCUGA